AUGCAACAAGAAAACCACGAAAAGGAAGCUUCAGAAAUGAGUGGAAGUGAAGAGGACGAGUUGUUUGAGUUGUCUUUACCUUAUUCUCUUCAAAACAUUGGCAACACAUUUUGGAGGCUGACGUCAAUGUACGAUGAUGACGUGGAUGAUGAUGAAGAUGAUUUGGAUAAUAGUUUUGUCUUCCAGAUUGAUCAAAGCUUGUUGAUUGAUCCUCGUCUUGUUUUGCUUGAUAAAAUGAUUGGUGAAGGCUCUUACUCUAUUGUUCAUAAAGGAUUCUACAAAUCCAAACCUGUUGCGGUGAAGAUUAUUCAGCCAAGUAACCCAUCAGCUGUAACUCGUGAGCAUAAAGAGAAAUUUCAGAGGGAGGUUUUACUGCUGUCUAGGAUGGACCAUGAAAAUGUUGUAAAGCUUAUUGGUGCUUCUGUGGAACCAACUAUGAUGAUAGUUACUGAACUCAUGAAAGGUGAUACACUUCAGAGGUAUUUGUGGAGCGUACGACCAAAUCGUCUGGAACUGAAGCAUUCAAUAAGUCUUGCAUUGGAUAUUUCCCAAGCUAUGGAAUACUUGCAUGCCAAUGGCAUCAUUCAUCGUGAUCUGAAGCCCAGCAAUUUACUUCUCACAGAGGAUAAAAUGCAUAUUAAGUUGGCUGACUUUGGGCUAGCUAGAGAGGAAGUAAUGAAUGGAAUGACUUGUGAGGCUGGUACUUACCGGUGGAUGGCUCCUGAGUUAUACAGCAGAGAUCCACUUCCCAUAGGAGCAAAGAAACACUAUGAUCACAAAGUGGAUGUGUACAGCUUCUCAAUUGUUCUUUGGGAGUUGCUGACAAAUAAAGCUCCAUUUAAAGGAAGGGAUAAUGUAACAGUGGCAUAUGCAGCGACCAAUAAUGAAAGGCCUAGUGUGGAAAGUCUUCCAAGAGAUAUUGUGUCUCUCUUGCAGUCCUGUUGGGCAGAGGACCCGAAAAUCCGACCAGAAUUUAAAGAAAUCACUGGCAUUCUUACAAACUUCGGCCAGAACUUUUGCUCAACAGAGACUACACCUCCCAAGAAAGUAGAAAUUGAUUAUUCCAAAAGCCAUGUAAAGGAAGAUUGUAUUGGUGCUGGCCAUGCUACAAACAAAUCUAAUGACAAGAGAAAGGAACAGAAGACUUCUCCCACAUUCCUCAGCUGCUUUGAUGAUUGCUUAUCAGAUUGAUCAAGUGGGAUCGAUGGUGGAUCAUGUUUUUGAAUUCUCAAAGGCUGAGGGGCUUUUACUACUCAGGGUUGGGACUUGUGUACAAAUUGUACAUGACUGAUUAUAUUUCUGGUUCUUUAAGUAAGAUAACUUUACAAAACUGUCAAUUGGACAUGCAUACAAAGGUUAAAAAAAAAAAUUAUUGAAGGGAAACCAAAAAAAAAAGAAGAAAAAUAAAGCUUUUGUCCAGUUGCAGGUCUUCUGUCCA